AACCCUUGACGAUCGCGCGUCCGCGAAGUUAGCAAGUUUGCCAAGCAGUCUCUCUCUCGCUCGGCGGAAGUCGAAGAGAUCUCGGCGAAGCGGGAAGAUCGCGUAGGCGCGUUGGGGUCGACGACCACGAUAAGCGGGCGGCGAGGAGGAGGCGACGACGACACGCUGCUACGUUAGCGUUUCGGCUAAUGGUCGAAACGUCGAUUCGUCACUUCACCACGCUCAAGUUACCGAUGCUGCAGCCACCGUCUCCCCUCCUGGAGAUGGCGUCCCUGCGUUUACCGGACUCGGACGAGUUCGACGUUGACACGCGCCGCAGGAGCAACAACGGCAACGUGCCGGCUACGACAACUGUGGCCGCGAGUGCGCCGCCGUCCGGUACCCUGCUGCAGAUGAAGAACGACAUCGGCGACUACCUCAACAAUAUCAUCAUUGAGGUGAUCGCGACGAGUCCGCGAGCCGCGAUGGAGGAGGGCCACGGGCUGUUCAACGCCAGCAAGACUACGAAUCUGUCGGCGAUCGAGCAAGCGCCGGACCGGCUCUACCGGCACAGCAUGGCCAUGUCGGCGGUCUAUUGCGUGGCCUACGUGGUCGUAUUUGUCGUCGGUCUGAUCGGCAACAGCUUCGUCAUCGCCGUGGUGUACCGGUCACCCCGUAUGCGGACCGUCACGAACUUCUUCAUCGUCAAUCUCGCGGUCGCCGACGUGCUCGUCAUCGUUUUCUGCCUGCCGGCCACGUUGAUGAGCAACAUCUUCGUCCCCUGGUUCCUGGGAUGGUUCAUGUGCAAAGCGGUCACUUAUAUACAGGGCGUCUCCGUAGCGGCCUCCGUCUACAGCCUGGUCGCGGUUUCCCUGGACAGAUUCCUGGCGAUCUGGUGGCCGCUAAAGUGUCAGAUCACGAAACGGCGGGCUCGCGUGAUGAUCGUCGUGAUCUGGUUCAUCGCCCUGACAAUGACGUCACCGUGGCUGCUGUUCUUCGACCUGGUCGCGAUUUACAAGGACGAGCCAAACCUGCGUUUCUGCCUGGAAACGUGGCCGCACCCCGAGGACGGCUCGUUGUUCUUCCUGAUCGGCAACCUGACGCUCUGCUACGUACUGCCGAUGAUCCUCAUAUCCCUUUGCUACAUCCUCAUAUGGAUAAAGGUGUGGCGCAGGCACAUACCUACCGACACGAAAGACGCCCAGAUGGAAAGGAUACAACAGAAAUCGAAGGUGAAGGUGGUCAAGAUGCUGGUGGUGGUCGUGAUACUCUUCGUACUCUCGUGGCUGCCGCUCUACGUGAUCUUCGCGGUGAUCAAAUUGGGCGGCGAUGUGGCCGAGCGCGAUGACGAGAUCCUGCCGAUCGUCACGCCGAUCGCCCAGUGGUUAGGCGUCAGCAACUCCUGCAUCAAUCCGAUCCUUUACGCCUUCUUCAACAAGAAGUACCGGCGCGGCUUCAUCGCGAUCCUGAAGAGCGGCCGGUGCUGCGGCAAGCUCAGGUACUACGAGACCGUAGCGAUGAUGUCCUCCUCUACGAGCAUGCGCAAGUCCUCGUACUACGUCAACAAUAACAACAACAAUAACAACAACAACAACUCGUCGACGAGACGCGCCUGGCACGGGCCGCCGGUCCAUCAAGACAGCAACGUCUCUUACAUAUUCAACCACACCGGCGUGUAAUCGCGGUCCGUGUGAUUGCACUUACGAUUCAACCGGCCGAACAAACUGGAAGAUGUCACCACCGCGGUGGGUCCUCCUUUGCGGCCCCGACGAAGCGCCGGUCCGAGAUUUCCGGGUCAUCUUGCGGAUGACCGACACGAUUGUUACUCGGGUCGAACGAGGCGAGAAAGGUGGGAAGACCUUCCCCGAAAAUCAGACCACGGGACGGUCGUCGUCGUUACAUCGCUGUCUGGAUUUUGUCACAAUGUAGCCACUACGUAUUUGUAAUAUACUCUGUAGUAAUUAAGUUAAGAGGGGAUCUCGCUGCUUUUGUGGGGGCGCGCUCGGCUUCCUGAUCUCGAGGAGACGGAUUUCUCCUGCAUGCCGAGAUAUGUCCGCCGUUUCGAACAGAUCUAGUUGAGUGUACCAAUUAAGUGUAACGCGCCGUAUUCUCCUCCUCGUGUCGAGUGUGUAAUUAGCGCGACGAUGACGAUAUUGUCGGCUCGUACGGGCGGAGCGACGUUGUCCCUCUCUUCCGUCCGUCACGGGAGACAAUUAGUCGCGCGACACUCGACGAAGCGGUUGCGUAAUUAAGAGGGCAAAGUGCACCACUCCGCGUUUCAUCGAGCGGACAGACCGAUGACGGUCGCUGCGGAAGAAUAAAUUUCGCGCGCGGAUGGCAAAAUAGCUAUUUUGAUCGAACGAAUCGGCAUUUCGAGAUCGAAGGUGCACUCUAACUGUACAGUAGGGCGAUAUAUUUUCCAACGCAGUUCCGGUCGAAAGGCGCCCCGGACGAAAAGGGUGGGUCCCACGCAAGGUUACGAGUCGCGACUCAUCGUCACGUUUAUUCUCCCGACCGGAUCCUUGACGAUCCUUUUUGUCCUGUAAACAGGACAUUGAGAGCCUUGAACGGAGGAAAUCGGGAAAACGUUAUUUUGUGAGCGUCGAGCGCAUAUGUGUGUGUAUACGUGUGUACUUUUGUAUGUGUGUGGGGCGCUAAUGGAUAAUCGAAUCCUUGCAAAUACUACCUCCGUGUGCGGGCGAGCAAUUCACUGUGUACUUAAGGUUACGAACCAUGUGCGUGUAUUCACUUACGGAAAUAACAGCCGAGUUAGUUUUUCUUCCGUGCGACGUCGUUUCUCACACUUUGCAACAUAAGAUAUCUUGGAAACGUCCGAGGGACCUUAGAGAUGCCUCAUCCUUUAACAGACAUCUCUUGUAUCUUCGUGUUAUCUGGAAGUUACAAUCAUUGAAGAGCCGGUUUGAUUCCGCGCAAUGUAACACGGUUAGCGCUAGCUUCUCGAGAUUGUCCGUCGGGUUUGCAGAGCGAAAUUUGCCCUGAUGGAUAAGUACGAUAGUUUUCUGAAGCCGCGAGACGUUUAUCGCGUGCUCGCUUCGAACGAAAUAGCCCGUCGACGAUAAAGCAAGAGCGUAUUUUGUCCAUUGACAUCCGAUGAGACCGCGGGAUUUUCGCACGCUGUUGUAUCAGCCAGUCGUUACAUUUUAAGGGCCGAUGAUCGGCUUUAGGGAUUUAGCAGGAGGGCGGUUUUGCCCGAGAAAGAGCGGGAUUACUUUGAAUCUUUGUAGCUGUAAAGAGAAUGGUGGGGUAACGUCGUAAGCGAAUUGUCGGAUUUUACGAUAGAGCAAUUAUUUUCGUAAGGUUUUUAUACGAGGCGAGAAUCGUAAGUAACGAAGACGUAUGAAUUAUUAUAAGGCGGCCGGGGCUAUCCCGAUUCUCAUAUCUAUGGCCAAUCUCGCGGUGGCGAUUAGGUGUGACGAUGAUAAUAAAAGUAGAAAGGAGGAGACCGACGUCAACGCGCGUGUCAGGCGUUACUCGAGUAAAUUUUCAUUCGAACGGCAUUUUCUCCGAUUUUACAUGCAAAUGCGAAAUCUUGUUCACGCGUAAUAAUUCUCUCGUUCGCGAACGGAAGUCCCCUUUCAAGUUUUUCGGGAGUCGUUGAGAUCUCUUUCGAAAGGAAUUUGUCGGAAUUUUCCUUCGAGCACGACUGGAGAGGUGCGAUUUGUCAUCUCCGUGUUCGCUCGCGACAAUUAGCGAGCGAGAUUAACGAGUUCACUGUGCCUGCAGCAUCGGCAAUUGAACGCACCGGAGUUAUAUCGAUUUCCGGCAACACAAUCGCAACUGUAUACCUGCGCGCGUGCAAUGAAUAUUGCAACACACGUAGCAUACACAUGUAAAAAUUAAAUCUACCCGCGUUGUGUCUGUAUGUACACGUAUUAUAUAUACUAUGUAUCUAUUACUGCUACACAUUGUUAUUGCAGACACACAUAUACUCCAUCGUUUCGUCGAGGAUCUCCUUCAUAUUGUAAAUCGUUAAUGGACUAUUUGCCAUCUUCGAUCUUCGUCGCGGUGUACCUUUUGUACGCGCACACCUUGGCGGGCUUUUGUAACUUUUAGAGGCUUUAGUUUAGAGGAUUACGCUGCGAGGCUGUUAACGACGAGCGACUGACUUCUCGUCGCGCGACGCUUCGGGAACAAGUUGCCGCUAACUGGGAGGCGUCUUAUCAUUAGCUCCUUAACAGCUUCUAGAGCCGUCGCGUUUGUAAAUUAGAUAAGUGCAAAGGACCGUUGUAAUGAGUACGCAUAAGAGAAGCGUUUGUAUUAGGGCCGUAAAAUCCGGGGUAUUUGCUGGAAUUUGAGAUGAAACACUUCGAGCGUUGUUUUCGAGUUGAAUUAUGAUUUGUAUGUGCACUCAUCUUGGAAUUCACGCCGCAGUGUUCGCAUAUUUAUCAAAUAUUUGUAACGUUUCUGAUUGAUCCAACGCACGAACUAUCCGUAAAUAAUAGAAUAAACUAAUCAAUAUAAUACAGAGUAUGUAUAAUUUUAUAUUCGAAUCUUUGAUAUAUAUUCAAUUGCACACGUUUCUCUCGGAAAUUUGCUCGAAUUGUCGGCGCGAUCAUACGAACGUUUACGGCCCUAAUUUAUAUCCAAUCGAGUUCUGCCGCCAGUACGUAGUUCUUAUCACGUUGUUGUCACGUAAUAAUAUGGUGUUCGAAAAGCCGCGAUCUCGCGUCAACCACGAUAAAAGGGUGAGUCGUUAAAAAAUAUUAUGCUUCCACUUGGACGAAUUUAAUAUCGAGUUUCGAAUCUUUGCGUGUGAGAAACACGUCGGGAGAAAUAUCGCUGGCAGAUGUCUGUCAGGGAGACAAACUGCGUUACAAGAUACUGCGAGCUUAAAUCAUAACGAUGUUUCUACCUGUUAAUCGGUUUCCACCACUACGACCACUUUCACGUUCAGUCAUUACGAUGAUAUCCGACAAUUAAGCCGCGUUCGAAAUCGAAGCGUGUCGGUGAGCGUGUUUCGAGAAUAAUAGUGAGCCCGACGUUUUUGUGAGCGUUUAAUCCUUUAGGACACGUAACUGCCGCGCGUAUGUGUGUGUGUGUGUUAAAUGUACCUUUAUCGUACAGAAGGAAGUAUAUAUGUUACGCACUCCUCGAAUAUUUAUGCUGAGACUCUUCACCGCGAUUGCUCACCGAUUAAUCUUUAAACGUCGUGGAUGCUUACCGUACGAAGAGACGUUGAUCGCGAUCAUUGAUGCCCGUUUCGGACGAUUAAUGAUUCACGACGACAUCCGUGACGGAACGCUGCGUGGUGUAACGCAGAAAACCGACAAAGAGAUUCAUAGAUGCGUAUCGUGUGAGAUGUCCUUGCGAUUUGUCCUGCAAUUUGUCGAGUGUUUUCUGUGUUACGUGACGCACAGACGGAACAUGUAGAUCGUCUAAAGCGGGCUUUUGUAUGUGAUACGAUAAAAUUCAGAAUUUUGACUGUCAUCCACAUGAAAGUUCCAAGUGGAACUUCUGAAAUACCCUGAUCGCCUGGAUCACGGCGAUAAUUUUAAGGAUUCUAUGCUCAAGAUCGGCUUUUUUAGACAACACUGUUAGGAUAGGUUAUCUAAUAGGGAGAUGACUCUAUAUAUAUUUUUUUCAAUUUUUACUAACAAGUGUUUUGUAUGGGAAGAAUAAGUAGCAAAACGUCCGGCUCUUCGAAAGUUUCUUUCGUGAGGAUGACAGUUGGCGGAACUUUGCAUCAGGCCUGGAACUGGACGGCGACUUUUGCAUAAUCGAAUAUUUCAAGAGCACAAUAACUCGGAUCAUCAUCGAAUACGAUUUAAACAUUCGAAUAUUAUUAGUAUCGCCGCUCAAGUAUCUGAAUAUCCGCAACAAUUGAAUACACUUUGGAUUAGGAUAAAAAAAAUAUCUGUAAAAAAGAAAAUGACGAAAAAAAAGAAGGUUUCCUAAUGCAUAGAGAGAUCCCCCUUUUAUAAAUUUUAAUUUUAGACUUAUAGGUCUCGAGAUCUAAUCUUUUUUACAUAUCCACUUGUCUCGCAAUACACUAUUUAAAUACGUCGUUAAUCGCCUUGCAUUACUCGAGCAGUGCGGAUACUUUCAGAUUUGAGAAGAGUAAAACAUUCAAUUAUUCGAAUGGUCCACGCCUUAUCCCGCGCGUACGUGUGUGUACAUAUUAUAAAGAAAUUUUAUAUACGACAAGGAGCGAUUUUCAGUUGUGGCCAAAGGGUAGCGAGGUAAGAUAGAAGAUAACUUCUCGAUGUGUCUCGUCUCCCCUCGACUCGCGAAAUAUCGGAAAACAUUUCGUGCAAAUGAUGAAAGGACCGCAAACUGCAGCGGCGAUAAUUCGAAGGUAGGACAUCGCGCUAUGGGAGAGACAUUUUUUCUUUCUUCUCAAGAUAUCACCAGCGGAGAUGGGCGGGAUGCGAAAGGUAUUCGUAUGACGAAUACGCUCCGUCGACACCGAAACCUCUUUCGACCGUGUCCGUCCGUGACUGUUGAGGAGUUCCAUUACCUUUAUCAGAAAUCUUUUAUACGAAGCGUGCUGAUCGACGUGUCGUGAAUAGUUUGCGAGAUGCAUCGGGACGAGCGAAGAUACCGUCUAAAAUUAAUUCCGCGAGGAAUUAAUAUAUCCGAGAGUCCGCGAUCACAUGGGGAUCUGAAGCCGACGCUUAAAGGUUAAUCCGUCGUCGUAAGCCUAUUUUUCUGAUAAGCGCGUGAGAUACGAGAGUGAAGGCGCGAUAAUACGAGAACUAACGUUUUCUCGAUAGACGAUAUAAGAGCGGCGUUCCGUUGUACAAUUUUUAUAAUCGCGCGCAGGAUACACACACUCCCCGGUUAUUAUUCUUACAUCGUAAUAAUCUCGCGCCUUCGCGCAGGUCGAGUUUAAUUGAUAGAAUGUAAUUACGAUCAUUGAUAUUAUUAGCGACGCGCGAAGUAGCCAUACGUGCGUGUUUGUUUCGCGGUAUCGGCCUGUCGGAACGUAGACAAGAUUUUCACGUCGAGAUAUAUCGGAAAUGCACGUCUGCUAGCGCUCGCGUAGCUGCGAGAUGAGGACGGUUUUAUACAUACGUACCAACACCUUCUUCGCAUUCUUUCGGUAUAAAAGCAUCACGAAAAUUCACGCGUGGCGCAUCCGCAAAUUGUUAGAUCGUUGCGAAAGGUAUAACCUGGUCUUGUUUAACGUUCGUUGAAAUGUAGAUGAAGAUUCAAUUUUCUUUUCGUAUAUUACGCUUGUCGGUAACUUCGAUGCGUUUCCUCCAUGUAAAGGAAAAGUUUCUCGACUUUUUAGUAAAAGAAAGGAAAAAAACUUCGAUUCGAUAAUUCUGUGAAAAUAGAACCCGACAGGAGAACGACGAACCGUUCGCAUCGACUUAAUAAUGAACGUCACGUCGUAAAGAAAUCUACACGGAGAAAGAUAAUUUGCUGGCACGACAAAUUUUAUACUGUCAUAGCAAAAUCUGUCAGUUACUAUAUGGUUUGUCAAGGAUAUUAAUUGCCACUCGUUGAAUUAUUUUGCUGAAUCUAUAAAUUAUAUUUUGCUGUAGGA